GUCCUCCCGGCAGGUGUGUGAGUUGGAUUACAGGUGAGACAGGUGCAGAAGGGAAGGAGGAGAAGGCGGUGAAAGGGAUGAAAGGAGAGAGGUACCUGGACACAAAACUCACCACUACCACCACCACCACCACCACUACCGCCGCCACCACCACCACCACCAUGAAGGGUCUAGGGUCGUCCUGUCUUCUGCUCCUGGUCGUCCUCGGUGUGGUUGUCGCCUGGCCGCAAACAGGGACAGAGAGGGAGCGGUGCCCCAACACCUGCCCCGACACCGUGCGCCCCGUGUGCGGCACCAACAACGUGGUGUACAGGAACGAGUGCCAGCUUUUCAGGGCCGCCUGCGCCUCGCUGCCCGGCCUCGGCAAGCAGAAUGACGGGCCGUGCGUGCAAGGAGGAGGAGAAGCAUCGUCCAGCCGCUGUCGUGAGGAUUGCACCAAGAUCUAUCUCCCCGUGUGUGGGUCGGACGGCGUCACCUACAACAACGAGUGUCUCCUGAAGGCCGCCAGCUGCAAGAACGUGGAAAGCGGGGGACCCAAAAUCGACAUCCGCUAUGAGAAUGCCUGCGAAGGGGAAGCGCCAAGGGACAUAUGUCAAAGGACCUGCAGUAACACCUUUGACCCUGUGUGCGCCUCGGACCGUGUCACGUACCACAGCAAGUGCGAACUGUCCAUUGCCAUCUGUCGCAACAAAGAAAUCACCCUGCGACGCGAAGAACCGUGCGCGGGCUUCACGGGUACCAGCGGAAGACGCCCCUCGACGGAAACCCAGAGCGACCAGUCCUCCCCGCCCCAGACCUCCGCAGUGGUGAGCGUGGGCUGCCCGGACACCUGCAAUGGAGGGUUUAGGCCCGUUUGCGGCACCAACAACCUCACCUACGGCUCCGACUGCUACCUCGAACUGGCCAAGUGCCGCAACCCCGGGCUUGAGAAGAAGGCUGACGGCGUGUGUACUAAGGACUGUUCCCUGCAAUGCGACACGGCCCGGCGGCUUGUGUGCGGCUCUGACGGCAUCACGUAUACGAAUGAUUGCUUCCUCCUCCUCGCCCGCUGCAAGGACCCGGCGGUUCAGCGCAAGCAUGACGGCCCCUGCGUGUUCGUGGAGAAGCCGGAGUGCGCCCCCCGCCGCUGCGCCACCAACGGCCAGGCCCUCUGUGGCAGCGACGGCAUCACCUACAGGAACCAGUGCCAAUUCGACGCCGCCAUCUGCUACAACCAAGGCCUGCUCAAGCUCUACGACGGACCCUGCAAGCAUUGAGUCACCAGCACCACAACCACCAGCACCACCACCGUGAGAACCAGCACCACCAGCACCACCAGCACCAUCACCACCACCUCUUAGCACCACCACCACCACAACCACCACCAGCACCCUAUCCUCUCAUCUCUCCAGCACUCAGCAUCACCAUCCCUCGCUCAGCACUCAGCACCGCGCCUCGCUCAGCACUGCCAGCACCUUCAGCACAUGCCCCGCUUUGAAGCCUCGCCCGCCUCCACCACCACGUCAGCACCAUCAGCACCUCCUCGGCACCGCCUCAGCACCGCGCCUCAAGCUUAGAAUCAGCACUAAGCACCACCGUCCAGCACCAUCGUAGAGAGCUUAAGCUUAAGUGUGUAGUGUUUUUAGCUUAUUUUUCUUUUUUUUUUCUUUUUUCUUGUUCUAGUUCUUUUGCUUUUUCCUCUUCCUCUUCCUCUUCCUCCUCCUCCUCCUCCUCCUGCAUGAAGAAUAGUAUUAGUUUCUUUUAAUUUAGUAGUAAUGCUUUAACCUCUUCCUCCUCCUCCUCCUCCUCCUCCUCCUUUUCUCCUCCUGCGUUUCUUCCUUCCUCCUUAAUCGUCUUCCUCCUCCUCCUCCUCCUCCUCCAUUAAACCUUGAUCUUAAUUUUCCACUUUUUCGAACGACCUCCUCUACUACUACUAUUACUACUACUACUACUACUACCACCACUUCUACUACUAAUUGUUGUUGUUGUUGUUUUAACCUGAAUAACAAAAUAAUUACCUGCUGUGAUUACUAACAUUAACAUCUUAUUAGUGUUGCGUGAUUGCGUUGUGGAUGUGUGAUGCUUAUAAUGACCUCUCUCUCUCUCUCUCUCUCUCUCUCUCUCUCUCUCUCUCUCUCUCUCUCUCUCUCUCUCUCUCUCUCUCUCUCUCUCUCUCUCUCUCUCUCUCUCUCUCUCUCUCUCUCUCUCUCUCUCUCUCUCUCUCUCUCUCUCUCCCCCCUUGGCUUACUUUUUCCACGUAAUUUCUUCUCCUUGUCCUUGUUCUCUUCUUCUCUCUGACCACUAUCCUUCCUCCUCCUCCUCCUCCUCCUCCUCCUCCUCCUCCUCCUCCUCCUCCUCCUCCUCCUCCUCUUCCUCUUCAACCACAAAAUCGCUCUUCAUUCUGUUCCUUCCGCAUCUUCUUCCUCCCCUCCUCCUCCUACUCCUCCUUCUCCUCUCUUCCAUUUUCCUUCUUCUUUCCGUCAUCUUAUUAUGUUUUUUUUAUCCCUUACUCUGCUUCUCUUCAUCCUUUCCUCUCUCUCGCUUUCGUCAUUCUCUCUAUCUUUGUCUCCUUACUUCUCCUCCUCCUCCUCCUCUUCCUCUCUUCCAUUUUAAUUCUUCUUUCCAUCAUCCUUUUAUGUUUUUUAUCCCUUACUUUGCUUCUCUUCUUCCUUUCCUCUCUCUCUCGCUUUCGUCAUUCUCUCUAUCUUUGUCUCCUUACUCCUCUUCCUUCUCCUCCUCCUCCUCCAUUUCCUUCAACACCUCGCAGAACCUGACCCUCGCUUGUGUGGCCGCUGCGACGAUAACACUCGGGAGCUCGUUUGCGGCAGUGACGGGGUGACUUACCUCAAUCACUGCCACCUCAUCCUCCACGCCUGUCGCUCCGGCCACGAUAUCACCAAGGUCGGCAACGGACCCUGUAGGCGGCGCUGACGGUGGGCGAGGAGGGGGUGGCUAGGGCGAACUGACGAGUGGAGUUGGGGGUGACACCUGAGGAAGAGAGAGAGAGAGGGGGAGUGUGAAGGGGAGUGAGGGGGAAUGGAGUGAGUUGAUGGAUAGGAAUGACAGUUGAAAGUGGGUUAGUUUAGUUGAGGGUCUUAUGAGGUUUGGGAGAUGGUUGAAUAGAUUGAUAGAUAGAUAGAUAGAUAGAUAGAUAGAUAGAGAAAAAAGAGAGGGAGAGAGAACAAAAGUGAGUGAGUGAGUUAGGUUGUAUGUAAGGAAGAGAGAAAGAUAGAUAGAUAGAGAGAGAGAGAGAGAGAGAGAGAGAGAGAGAGAGAGAGAGAGAGAGAGAGAGAGAGAGAGAGAGAGAGAGAGAGAGAGAGAGAGAGAGAGUAGAGUUGAUUAAAAGAGAAAAAGAGUGUUGUUAGGGUUUUAUAAUGGCUGGAAAAUAGACAGACAGACAGACGUAAUUAAAAUGAAAGGAAGACAGAGAAAAAAGGGAGAUCAUUAAAUAGAAAAAGAAAGAAAGAAAUAAGAAUGUAAAAGACCUAGCUCUCUUUAUUAACCCAUUCCAGCUUAACUAACCCGCUUAAACUAACCGCUUAACAACUAACCUAACCUAACCUAACCUAACCUAACUCACCUGAGACUUAAUGAACUUCAACUCACCUGUCCUCCCUCUCCCCCCUCACCUGAGCCCCCCAAUAGGCCGGCCGCAACACUUGACUGACCCAACACAAGGCGACAAUAUGGAACACUUCUAAAACACGUCUGGAGCCUCCUUUUGGAACACUGCAAUACUUUGGAAAACUACCAGAAACACAUAAAAGAUAAUUAUAUCCAUCAAAGACCCAUUAUAAAACAUGACCCAACACAAGGGGACACACUGUGAAACACUUCUAGUACACGUCUGGAGCCUCCUUUUAGAACACUGCAACACUAUGGAGAACUACAGAAACACAUAGAACAAAAUUAUAUCCAUCAAAGACCCAUUAUAAAACAUGACCCAACACAAGGGGACAACACUAUGGAACACUUCUUGAACACAUCUGGAACCUCCUUUUAGAACACUGCAACAUCACGAUGAACGAUUACAGGAACAUAUAACAGAGCGCAACACCCAUCAUAUACAGAACCUCCUCUCCAUUAUACAUCAUGAAACACUAAUGCAACACUUUGAAACAUUCCUCGAAUACACGUCUUUUGAUUUUUUUAUAGAAGUAGCGAGUAGCGGGCUUUUUUUUUAUUGUUUCCUUUUUUUGUGCCCUUGAGCUGUCUCCUUUGUUGUAAAAAAAAAAAAAAACAUCUGGGGCUUAUUUUUUUAACAUUGCAACACAUGGAACACAAACUUGUCUCUCUAAUACAGGAAUUCUUGAAGUACAUAUUAUGAAACACUAAUCAAUAAAACGAAACACAUAUAUAACCCUUUUUAAAACACUGCAACACCUCAAAAUAUUAUAGAAACACAUAUCAAACACAAGAACACCUAUACUAGACACAACUUAAAGCUCAGAUUAUGAAACACUGCACCUAUGCCACGAAACACUUCUGAAACACAAAUGGGACCUCUAAGAACACCGCAACACUACGUAAUAUUAUAGAGAAACACAUUAUGGAACACAACAACACAGUAACUUAGAGAGCACAUUAUGAAACGCUAACCAACACCACUUAGCACUCUUAGAACUCAUUUGGAACACUGCAACACUAAGCAAACAGAAAAUAAUCAUUACAAUACCCAUCCUCCUCCUCCUCCUCCUCCUACUACUACUACUACUACUACUUGAAACACAAAUCAUGGGAAACAGCAUCUUAUCAAACACUAGAAAACAAACAAACAAACGCUAUGGAACACUCAAAAAGAAACACAGAUAUUGAUAUACAGCAAUAAGAGUAAACACACACACACACACACACACACACACACACACACACACACACACACACACACACACACACACACACACACAAAAAAAAAAAACACAUUAGAAAACUAUUUUAUUGAAGUUAUAUUAUAAAAAAAAACUUAUGCUUCAAAUUUUAACUAGAGAUAAUAGAGAAAAAAAUAGUAGAAAAAAAGACGAUAGACAAUUUUUAGAACGCUCUUUUGUAGCUUAGGAAAAAAAAAGAUUGUAAGGAAAAAUAAGAAUGUAUAAUGUAAAAAAAAAAGAUAACAAAAGCACCGGGUUGUACUUUUCUUUCUUUUCAUGACACAAGGGUGGAAAAAGAGGCGAAGGAGAAUGAAGCAAAAGAAGAGUCAGUAAAGGAACGUGAGUGAGGCAAAGGAACGGAUAACAAAGGCAAGCGAUUAUGUAAAGAAAAUGAGUCAGUGUAAGUAAACGAAGAAGGUAAAUGAGUAAAUGAAGAAAACGGAAAGGAAGGGAAAACUGGAACAAGAGCAAGAAAAUGAGUCCGAAUGUAAGAAAACGAACACAAAGGAAAAUAAGUAAAAGAAGAAAACGGAAAGGAAGGAAAAAAAGAAAAGAGAAAAUGUCGGUAAAUGAACAAGAUCAGGAAAUGUAUGAGAAAGAAAGAGAAUGUGAAGAAAAAGAUAAACAGCGAAAAUGUAAGUAAAUGAAUAAAAUGAAAAAAAAUAAUAAGGAAGAAAAGGAAGAAUUACGAAGAUGCAAGUAAAUGAAUAAAAUGAAAGAAAAAUAGGGAAGGAAAGAAAGGAAUGAGGAAAAGAAUGAAUCAAAGGAAAAUGAAAAAAAGGAAUAAGAAGGAAAACAAUGGAAUAAAGAGGGAAAAAUAAGGAAAAUAAAGGAAAGACUGAGAAGGAAACAAAUAUGAAAGAAAAUGGGAGGAAGAAAAGAGAAAGAAAAGAAAGAAAAGAAAGAACC